UACAUGAUUAGAGCAUUUGAAAUUACAAAUGUCUUACCAACUAUAAUUACAAGAUGACAUUAAUCAUUAAUUUGAUGGAGACUGUUUCACCUGUCUUUUCUCGUAAGGACCCCAAUAAAUUUAAGAAGACACUAAUAAAAUCUCAAAUUUGAGAGAGGAAAAGAAGAAAGCCAAGAAGUACUACUAAACAUGGCUCCGGGAAGGUUAGGAAACAGAGAUGGCUGGAUCUUGACGGCAAUGGUUGCGACGGAGUUCUCUAACGUCGGAGUAAACACUCUUGUCAAAGCAGCAACUUCCAAAGGACUUAGCCCAUUUGUGGUUCUUGUCUAUUCUUACACUUUUGGAUCUCUUCUUCUACUUCCUCUUACCUUCCUCUCCUUCAGAACAAGAUCUCUCCCUCCAUUGACGUUUUCGAUCCUAUGCAACAUGGGGAUUCUUGGUCUGAUUGCAAGUGCAUUUCAAAUCGCAGGCUACAAUGGGAUCAAAUACAGCUCACCGACUUUAUCUUCGGCCAUGAGCAAUGUCAAUCCUGCUUUUACCUUCAUCCUCGCCGUUAUUUUCCGAAUGGAGAAAAUAUCUCUUAAGAAAAAGAGUAGUAUAGCCAAAGUGUUGGGGACAAUAGUGUCUAUAAUAGGUGCACUUGUUGUUACUCUUUACCACGGUCCAAAGUUAAUGUCUUCACAUUCCGAUUGGGUCAUCGGCGGUGGCCUUCUUGCUCUUCAAUACAUCCUUGUCUCCGUCUCUUACCUUGUUAUGGCUCACACAAUGAGCCGGUACCCAUCUGCGGUCGUUGUGACGCUCGUGCACAAUGUUUUCGUCGCUGUUGUGUGUGCAUUCGUUAGUCUUUUGGCUGAGAAGGACGACCCAAAGGCAUGGAUCAUAAGAUUUGACAUAACUUUGAUUAGCGUUGUAGCAACGGGGACCUUGAAUUCGGGAUACUAUGUUAUACAUUCGUGGGCUGUGAGUCAUAAGGGACCUGUGUAUUUGUCAAUGUUCAAACCGGUAUCUAUACUGAUCGCAGCCGCAUCAACUUUCAUUUUCCUCGGCGAGUCGCUCUACCUUGGAAGUGUGAUAGGAGGAAUAUUUAUCUCAAUAGGAUUUUAUAUGGUGUUGUGGGGUAAAACCAAGGAUGACAAAGUGGACAUUUUAGGAAUCAUAGAGUCGUCGUCUCCUUCACAUAAAGCUCCUCUCUUGGUUUAUUAAAAGCAAACUAGAUUAGACCAGCGCUACACCGCGGGAUACUUUUUAUAACUAUUUUUAGAUAUAUUGAAUUAUUGAAAAUAUAAUUAAAAAAAAGUAGAUUAACUGUAAAAACUAUGGUUUAUACAAUGAUAAGAUAGAAGAUGCAUUAAUAAAAUAAAGAAAAAUCUCAAAUUUAAGAUGA